UGCUGUGCCGCGCCGCCAUUGGACCGCCGCCCCGCCGCCCUCCUCCUGCUCCCCUCCCGCUCCCGUCUCCCCGCCUCCAAGCUACGACCGCGCGAUCCGCGCCCCGUUCCGUACUGCUGCCCCGCCACUGCCUGUUCCCCUUUCUGGCUCCCCCGCCUGCGACGGCGCGGCACGACGGCAGUGCUCCCUGGCACCCUCUGGCCUCCGUCGGCUAGUGGCUGCCGCCCGCACCUCCGACCCCGAGCGCCGACGCCGAGAGACACGCAAGGAGGAGGAGGAGGAGGUGUGGAGGACAGUGUUCUCGCGCAACUGCUCGUCCACUCGCGCAGGGGAGUUGUUGGCCUGCUGCUCCGCUUUGGACAGGGAGGGAGAGCUCACAUGGACAUGAAUGAAGAGCAACCUCACGUUGAAGAUCGGUGCAUACUAUGGUCGGAUGGGAUGCAGCUGCUCAAAGACGCGGCAGAAAGAAAACACUUCCUCCCUACCGGACUUGAAGGCAUUGACACGCUUCUUGGAGGUGGGCUGCGCAAAGGCCAGUUGACAGAAAUAACCGGCCAGUCAUCUUCUGGUAAAACGCAGGUCUGUCUAUAUUCUGCUGCACAUGUUGCAGCUAGGCACAUGGGUGUUGUUCUCUACUUGGAUACUAGUAAUUCAUUCUCCCCUACCCGAAUUGCUCAUAUUCUUGAUGAACUUCCCAUCUCUUUGAUCAAAGAGCCAAAGGAUGUGAGGCUUAAGAGGGUCAUGAGCAGUAUCAUUUGUGAGUCUGUAUUUGAUAUAUUUGCUUUGUUUGAAGUACUAGAUCGACUUGAAGUCUCAUUGAAUGGCAAGGUAACUAAUGGCAGUAACAGGAUAUGCCUGCUUAUCAUUGACUCGGUAUCAUCUCUACUUGCUCCCAUUAUCGGCGGGAAGAAUUCACAAGCAGGGCGGUCGAUGAUGAUAUCAGUGGCGAUGAUUCUUAAGAAGUUGGCACAUAAGCACAAUCUAUCUGUUCUGGUAACGAAUCAUAUGGUCGCCGGGAACGGAGCUCCAAAGCCUGCCCUUGGUGAGAGCUGGAAAGCUGUUCCACAUAUCCGCCUGAUGAUCUCUCGUGAUCGUGGGAGCAAUAUCUACACCGCAACGACGCUGAAGCAUACACUACUGGCUUGUGGCCGCCAUAUGAAAUUUCAGUUCCUACCUAGCUGAAUUCGCCGAGCAUGCAUGGUGUUUGAGGAGAACAUACGUACCAGGUGUAUCUAGAGAAAUGUGCGGCUGCACACGGCGACAAUUGGGCAUGACUAUCGACAGCUUCACUGGCGUCAAGAUUCAGACUUGGUCGCUCCUUUGCGUAUAAUAAUGACCGAACGUUUUCUUUCUUUGCAUGCAUCACAGGAUGUGCUGGAUAUCUUAGUAUGAACCACAUACAGAUUGAAAUGAGUGAAUAAAAGCACUAGAAAAUGUCUAUAUAAAUUCGAUUCAGAAAAAUGUUAGAACAUCCGAUACAUCCGAUUUAAAUUAGAAUGCCUCCGUCCCAUAAUAUAAGAUAGUUUUUCAAGCUAACAUAGCUCGAAAAAUGAUCUUAUAUUAUGAGACGAAGGGAAUAGUUGUGGAGGGAGUAUUAUUAAGGACGGCAAUGUUUUUAGACGUAUGGACCUAUUUGAUGCAUGUGACCUCCUGGCACAAGGUACUAGUAUAACAUAAAAUUUUUCUAGCAACUAUGAAUGAGAUGAGCUCACGCUGGCUGUUGUGCGUGUACAGUCACAAACUGAUCAUGGUUAGACUGCCAGGUAAUCUUGAGUUAGUAAAAGAGUUUGUGUCAUGCUAUUGGUGUCCUAGAAAUAAAGAAAAUCAAGUGUACGAGACAUAUCUUCAGCUAUCAGUU